AUGAGAUUAAAAGACACCCUCGUCAAAGAGUCGUGUACUGCGUCUGCGGACGCCUCUCCCGUGCGCAGGAUUCCACCGAGGCUUGCCCCGAUCCAAGGAAACCCGCCAGAAUCUGCUUCUGUCAGGUGUCAAGAGAAAGCCUCCCAUGGGAAGGGCCCCAAGUAUGUGGAACAUAACUGGUCGGAGGCGCACCGCCCACAGCCCCGCCAGUCCGUACAUGGAAGGAGCUCGUACCGCAUGGAUUUGGCGGCGGACGCGCGCAGCUCACAAUCGCUCAAGGAUAGCCUGCCGCCUCCGCGCAGGAUUCCGCCACUCAUGUCCGCACACCCACAGGAAGCGCCACCCAAUGAGUUGAACGUUCCCGGCGACAAAGGCGCCCAGUCGUCUAACGGAAGUAGAGGAGAUCAGAAGGAAAAGGACGGGCCUCCUAAGUCGUCUACAGACAGACCGCCCCGCAGAGCGAGACCGCUCCAACCACUGGAGAAUGAUACGAAUGAAAGACGAAACCGGAAAAGGGGACAGAGCCGCGAGAAGCACACUCAGUCGCUAACUGGAUGUCCUAAUAACGCAGACACGCCGCGAUCCCAGAAUUUUGGUCCUCCAAACAGGCUGCAACCUUUAAUGAACGCUGCUACCAAACCGCUGGCCGGAAGACUGGACAAGCGUCGCAUGCAACAAAACCAGUCUCUUGACGGAAGUCUGCAUUCCACCGACCUUAAGACGGACGCCAGGCGUGUGCAGUCGCUACAGGGCUGUCAACCCAAGAAAGUUCCGGCACUCGCACCCUUACCGGAAAAAGACCGUGACCAGCCGUCGAAGCCGCAAUCACAAGACUCCGAUCGAAAGAUCCACAAGAAGGCGAAGCGGCAUAAAGCAUCCGUCCGCUAUACCAAGAAAUCCGAUCAGCAGCUCAAGCGAGCCAAGGAAACCCAGGAGAAGUCACGGCCCCCACCCCUGCCACCCAUUUCCGCUGACCAUGCUGCAACUGAGAUGAUUGCCAAUCCCGCUGAUUCAUCUCCGACCCGCACCGUUGUUAAGAAAACGAAAACUAAACGCAAAAAGGACCAGGCUAGCGAGAUAUUAAAGUCACCCCCGGUGAACAACCUGAAUGCUUAUGUUGACGAUAAUUCCGGAAGUGCACAUGCGCGGCCCGCAACACUAAACCGGGCUCCAAAACAAUCUGAAAACAUCGCAAGCGCCUUACACAGGAGAGGAAAGUUACGUCAGACACGAGGAAGUCGCGCUGGAAGCGAACAUACUGUGACCACUGAACAAAACGCAACUUAUGGAAUGGCGGAUAAAACUUCCAUAGCGCCCGUCUGCAACAAGACCAAAGCCAAGAAAAGAAAGCCAAAGAAACUCAAAAGCUCCAAAGGCUCCGGUGAUUCUGGCGAAGCUGAGAAUACAGCACAAAGUAGAGUACAUCAAUAUAGAGAGACAAGUUUCAGUAAUGCUCAUCAGGAAGUGGAAAAACCUGGCAAUUCUGCGUCAAGCCAAAUCAAAACCAGCAGUUUCCUAGCUAACCGGAAGUCCAGCGGACAUGAUGUACCUACAGGGUCCUUUAUAAGUUCUGCUGUGACUUCACAUGAAAGAAAUAUUCCAAGCCCUUCCUCAUUUAAGAACAAUCCGAAACAGUCUCCCUCAUCUUCUAGCGCCUCCAGGCCCCGUAUGUCUACCGGAGAUGAUGCAGAUACGGUGUCAUCUGUAAUUCAUAUUCGGGGUUCACCGGAAAUGAAGGGUCCUACAAGCGCAGGAGAAGUCUGGAAAUGUGAGUCUUCAUCAAAGAGCCGGGCGUCCAGCGGGAAUGAAGCGCCUUCAACGCGAUCUGUAAGUUCUGCUUUGAGUUCACCAGAAGUAAAAGGGAUCACUAGCGCAGGAGUAGUCACCAGACGCGAGUCUUCAUCCAAGAGCUACCGAAAACUGCCUAAAGCCUCUCAUUGCGCAUCCAAUUCCCAACCGUCCAACGGACGUGAUGCAGGUAUAAAGGCAUCUGUUAGUUCACCGGAAGUAAAGGACACCACUGGCGCAGGGACAGUCACCAGACGCAAGUCAUCCUCUAAGUGCCGGCCGUCCAGUAGACAUGAUGUGCCUACAGGGCCAUCUGUAAGUUCUGCCGUAAGUUCACCGGAAGAAUAUGAGGCUACUAACGUAGGAACAGUUUCAAGGCACGAGUCAUUAUCCAAGAGCUGCCGAAAACAGCCACCCGAGUCUUCUCUCGCAUCUCGACCAUCCAACGGACUUGAUUCACCUGCAGGGUCAUCUGUUAGUCCUGUUUUGAGUUCACCGGAAGUAAAGGAUACCACUAGCGCAGUAACAGUGUCCAGACACCAGUCUCCCUUCAAGAGCCAGCCGUCCAGCGGAUAUCCUGCGCCUACAAGACCAUCUAUACGUUCUGUCUUGGGUCCAUCGGAUGUAAAGGGGGUCACUAAGGCAGGGACAUUCUCCAGCCGCGAGCCUUCAUCAAAUCGCCGGCUGUCCAACGGACAUGAUGCGCCUUCAGGGUCAUCUGUGGGUUCUGCUGUGAGUUCACCGGACGCAAAGGGUGCAAAAAGCGUCUCCAGAUGCAAGUAUCCAUCCAAGAGCCGACCGUUCAGCGAACAUGAUGCGCCUACUGGGUCAUCUAUAAGUUUUGCUGUGAGGUCAUCGGAGGUUAAAGAUGCCACUAUUGUAGAAACGGUCUCCAGACGCAGGUCCUCAUCCAAACGCAGCCGAAAAAUGUCUCCCGCCAAUCACAGCGCCUGCAGUUCCAGGACUUCAAGCGGACUUGAUGCGCCUACAGGGCCAUCUGUAAGUUCUGCUACGAGUUCACCUGAAGUAAAGCGUGCUACAAGCCCAGGGACAGUCUCCAGGCGCGAGUCUUCAUCCAAGAGACGGCUGUCCAGCGGUGAUGAUGUGCCUUCAGGGUCACAUUCUAUUGUGCGUUCACCGGAAGCAAAGGGGGCUAUGAUCGUAGGAACAGUUUCCAAGCGGGAAUAUUCACCAAAGAGCAGCCGGAAACCGCCUCCAAACACUUCGAGCGACUCCAGCUCCCUGCUGUCCAGCGGAUAUAAUGCGCCUACGGGGUCAUCUGUGAGCUCCUCUAAAUGCUCACCAAAACUCAAAGGUGCCGAAGAAACAGUCUGCAGACAGGGAUAUAAGUCAAGUAACCGACGGAAACUAACUCCCACCUCUGCAAGCCGGCCAUCCAACGGCCAUGAUGUGCCUAAAGAGUCGCCUCCGACCUCCCGACAGGGAUCUGUAUCCGAACCCCACCAUAUACCUACAAAUUCCCCCGCUGCCUCCAGCUGCCGGAAGUUAGAGAUCAAGGACGGCCGCGGUACUUACUGUCCCCAGUGGGAAGAGGACUCCGGGCCAGUGGCUCCCUGUGACGAUGCGUGUAGCCGCGCAAGCGAUUGUUCAGACAGGUACACCCCUUAUUAUGGCGCCGAUUACACUCUCAGCCCGAAGGAACUGACCGACCUCAGAUAUCCGAUAACAUGCCGCUCCUGGCCACUGCGCGUUCGUAGCCUUGGUUGUUUGGCUGUCGAGUACAAGGCCCGUUUAAGGCUUGCUCGAAUGCAGAUGGCUGAUGACCAGGUCCUGCAGAUUUCUGGGUCGCCACUCAGCCCCGAGCCAACCUCCUGCAUGUCGACUCCUUCCAACCCGCGCUCAACGCCCGACAGCUUCCCAGACUACUCCCGGCCGUCGUCUGCCGGAUCCAGCUGCUACACGUACGGCUCAUUAUCCGCCAGAACUAGUUCCGUUGAACUGAGCCUGCCCACCUCUCCGGAGCGUAGCUUAUCCACCUCAACCUUCAGCGAUAAUGACAGCACCAACAACAUCUUGAGCAGCAGCGACAUCAUCUGCCCCUCAGGCACCAGUGAUGAUGAUGAUGAUGAUGAUGAUGAUGAUGAUGAUGACGAUGGUAUUGAUGAUGACGGACAGACAACUAUAACAUCAUACAGCAAAGAAGCUAACAUUACCGUUGUAAUAAAAAUAGGCACAACCGCCGAAGCCAACGUCUACAACGGCGACGAUAAUGACAAUGGUGAUUACAUACACCCAACCCCAACUGCUAACAGCAAGGAUGCUGAUGAUGCCGUUGCACUGGACAAUGGUAUUAGCGGCGCCGUAGCCCACGUUUGCAACCGCGACGAUAAUGACAACGGUGAUUAUUUCCACCCUACCACAACUGCUAACAGCGAGGAUGCUGAUGACAACGGUGAUUAUUUCCACCCAACCACAACUGCUAACAGCGAGGAUGCUGAUGACAACGGUGAUUAUUUCCACCCUACCACAACUGCUAACAGCGAGGAUGCUGAUGACGCCGUUGCACUGGACAAUAGUACUACCGCCGUAGCCAACGUUUGCAACGGCGACGAUGAUGACAACGGUGAUUAUGUCCACCCAACCACAACUGCUAACAGCGAGGAUGCUGAUGACGCCGUUGCACUGGACAAUGGUACUACCGCCGUAGCCAACGUUUGCAACGGCGACGAUAAUGACAACGGUGAUUAUUUCCACCCUACCACAACUGCUAACAGCGAGGAUGCUGAUGAUGCUGUUGCACUGGACAAUGGUACUACCGCUGCUUGUUAA